AUGUGGAAAGGAGAAUGGAAGCACUUCACAAGGAAUUGGGUCACCGAAGCUCAACGAGGUCUGAAAGAUAAAUGUGCCUUCAUCAAUUAUGUCUCCUGGCUACAAGCUUCCCCCUUUUGGAUGCCUGAUGCUAACGCCCGUACCCGAAUGGCAGACGAUCACUAUCUGGGUGUCUGGCUAAACGGGAUGGAAGAACGCCAAGCGAGGUGGUAUUUGAAGGAAGGCAUCCCAUGCUUCAUAGUAAGGGAAAUCAUGCCCUUGGAGCGCGCUCAACUUGCAGCUCCAGAAACUAUGAUAGACUUCGCAGCAGGUUCCAGUGCAGCGCCGUUACAUUGGGGUGUCAAUGACUACAAUUCUCUAGCCCUGUCUCGAGGUGACCUAUCGUUACGCGACACAUCUUCCUUCCAUAAUCCGGGUUGGGUAUGGUCUGAACCCCCUGUUCAGAAGAACAAAUCCCCGGCCAAGGAGCCUCCAAGGACUCAGUCCUCUGGAUGGGCAUGGUCUGGAAUUCAAGCAUCAAAGGAUAAGUCUCCUGUCAAGGAACAGCCGAAGUCUCAGACCAUCGACUAUGGACCCCCUCCUCCAGAAACCGUAAUCAUCGCCAAAGACCAGGUUCCCUGGAUCAAACCGCCACCAGUCAAGAGAGCCACUCCUAGCCGACCAGGUGCUCCUCCGCAUGAACAGAAAAAGUGGAUCAAAUGGGUAGAAAAUCACCAGCCUGAAGGGACCUUCUGCAAAGUGGGCGCCAAGUUUGCUCCCAACCACCGUUCUCAUUCCAUGUAUGACAGAGACAAACAUCGACACCUCUUCUUUCUUCACCCGCCUCGAGCGCCAGAAGGAUGCGUAUCAAAUCCGGACGUCUUUGGUAUACCCUGUCCAAAAGGAAUAUAUAAGGACAUGACCAAGACUCAACAUUCACAGCCCUUCUGGAUCUACAAAACUCAGGAGCCACAAUCAUCUGAUGUAGGCAAGGUAGCUCCCGUUCCCAGGCCAGAAGAUCUCCCACGUUUGAAUGAAACCCCACGACCUCCACCUGACAAUGACAGUGACAGCGACGACAGCUACUAUCCCGACCUGGACUUCUUAAGACAAUCAGUUCAAAAUAAAGCAACGUCCUCAAAGGUAACCUCUGAGAGCGCAAUUCCUACACCCGCUGCUCAGGUUGUCGAAGCUAGAGCUCCACUUCCAGCCCAAAUCGUCGAAUCACCUCCUGUCACUCCAUCUGUCAGAACAGAGCCUGCUGCCUUAGGCACGACCGUAGAACUGAGAGUCAACUUGUCUGAGCCCACUCGAAUUCCCCCUCCCUUGCCUGUCCCAGUAACGAAUUGUACGCAGAAUGAAGAUGAGAUCUCGUUGGGGGAUGAAGAUUCUAUUCACGAAGCUAUGGGUCCGCAGAUCCCACCUCUCACCUUCACUGUGGAUUCGGAGAUCAGGAUGGAAGAGGCUCCCGUAACGGACCCUCUCGAGUUCGCUUCCGCAUUUCUGAUGUUAUAUGGGCUACCUUCCUCGGAAGGAUUCUCGACCACCCAAAGUCUGAUAACAUCAAUCGCUGCUCGUCUUCAUCUUACGGUCAGGCAGAUUUUCAGAGCCAACUCUGGCCACAAUCAGAGCUUUUGGUUCGAAAUGGAGUUGGUGGAUCAAGCACGUCAAAUGAGGACCUACAUGCAUCACAGAAGAGAAAAUGACAGGGAAUUACUGGUCACCUACGCAGAUUAUGAAGACUAUGUCGGAGCCCUUGCUCGUUCUUCCCUCUGA